AUGAAUAACAUACUCAAGCGAGUUGUUUCCCUGUUCUCUGUCAAAGAACCCCAAAGGGACGUUCCUCCAGCGGAGCGCGACGAAACCCCCGAUCAGUCUCCGACUAUGGAUCAUCCCAAGCCUGUCGCCGUUGUUGUCUCUCCUCCCGUCUUCGACCUCGAUUCCUAUGAAUCCUUCGAUGAGGAUUACUUUCGACGCACGGUUGAUGAGAUUCUCUCCGAUCAAGCUAGUUUUGAGAAUAGCUUUGAUGAAUAUCACGGCGCUAAGAUGAUGGAUGGGACAUGUGAUCGGGGGACUAGUAUGAUGGGGUGUUCUGCUCCUGGGAGCUCGGGGUCUAAGGCGUCGCCCUAUUUUCCGAGUAAGGUGGCUAGGAAGAGGCCUGUGGCGCAUAGGGUUAUUCGGAAGGUUGAGAGCACAGAUGAAGAUGACUCGGAGGAGGAUGAGGAGACCCUGAUCUUGGAAGAGGCUGAGGGGAUUCAUGAUGGCCAGGGUGGGGGCAAAGUGGUCGAACGGGAGGGUCCUGCUGAUUCUGUCGCUAAGAUUAAACUUGAGGAACUUGAAAAAGGUGGACUCGGGGAUGAUGGUGUUCGUGUUCCGAAGGACGAGGUCGGGCCUGCAGCUCGGGCUCCCUCUGUGAUUGAUGUCGAUGCCUGCGAUGAUGAGGAUCUUGAGGAACUCUCAGAGGAGAGGUUCGUUUUCGCGUCUGUCUCGGAGGAGGAACAUGACCGUCUUGUUAAAUUCCUUCUUGAUCACCCUUUCAUGCGCGAAGGUGCGUAUCCAGUGAAACGGUCUGCGCGGCGCAGGUUCGUAAGUGAUGUGCGACGAGAGGCGUCUAUCUCUGGCAUGGAUGAAGGUGCCCUUUGUGUACUCAUAAAGUGGAUCAAGAAGACAUAUCUCGAAGUUUGCGUGGUUGCCGACGCUGACAAGGAAGGAUCGGAGUUCGGGGAUGAGAUUGAUGAGAAGAUGGUUGAACAUCGAUCACCAAGAGAGUUGAAGAAAGAACGAAAGAGAAAGAGGACUAGUAUUGAUCAGGCAAGAGGACAGGCCAAGACAAAGAAGACGAAAAGAUCUGACAUUUCGAUGGUUCCUAGCAAACACGACGUACGAGAGGCCAUAAAUGUUGAUAGCGACGAUUCUGCGAUUGCGAUAUCGAAGUCCCUCUCCGCGAACAUCCAUGUCAAAGAAAAGGACCCAGCUCCCCAGACUGAUCUCCAACACACACCUACCUCCCAUCGAGUGAAUCAUGGGAAUGUACAAGCUGGAAGACCGGUACUUGAACAUGUUACUCCCAUAACACCAACUACCCCUUCAAUACAGAAGCGCAAUAAACAGAGCAUCUCUCGCAAGAAGCCAUCGCCGUCAAUGCCUCGACAUUAUAAUUCCACCCCUAAUCAUGAUGUCAAAAGCAAUGAGGGAAAUCUACAAGUAUCCCAAGAGCGCAUUUCGCGGAACGACUCGUCUAAAAAGCGUAGCGUCUCUUAUGACGCAGAUCCGCCGAGCUCAUAUUCGAAAAAUCCGAAAUCGCCAAGUAACUUAAAGAAUAUCGCUGGAAGCCGCAAAAAGAAGCACGGAAAGAAAGACAAAAAGCGACAUCUCCGGAAAGAAAUUAUAAGGUCUGAGACGAUGCCUGAGAUUAGCCCUCUUUCCCGGAAAGGUGACCAACGUGCCACUGCCACUCGCAGUGUCCAUGGACGACCCAUUUUGGGUUAUGGAUUUUUGAAGCCCAAUGAUUCGCAAGGAUUGACCACCUGCGCUGAGGUAAGGUCGAAGUAUUUUAGGAACCCCUCAAGGCAGACAAAGUUGCCAAAACAUUCGAUACCUGAAGAAACGCUGCUUAUUUUCAAGGAGCUUGGACUGCCACCCGACAUCCUUUCGUCUGACUCUGGUUUGAGUGAUGUACCUGAUGAUACCACUUCUAUUAACGAUAAUGCCUCCUUGUCACAUCCCACAUUACGUAUAUCACCCCCAAGAGAUCAUCUUGCGGAGAGGUCCACGGAGUCUCCCAGGACUCCGGUCAAGGGCGCCUCUCCGGUUAGAUCUUGCAUCGAUCUUCCAAAACCAGCACUUGGCAGACCCGCCAAAGUGUCGCCCUACUUCCCCCAGCCGCUUGUGGAUCCUGAAUCAUGCAUACCAUUCCCUCCUAUCGAUGCUGACUCAUUCGGUCUGGUUCAAGAGCAGCUUGCACACGAUCCGUUCCGCCUGCUUAUCGCGACUAUAUUUCUAAACAGAACUCGAGGAGGGGUUGCUCUUCCCGUCUUGUUCAAGGUUUUUGAGCGAUAUCCUACUGUCGAGGCAAUGGCUACAGCGAACGUAUGUGACCUUGUGGAUAUGAUACACUGUCUUGGGUUCCAGAAUCAGCGGACGAGGAAGUGUAUUAGUCUCGCGCAGAUGUGGAUGUCUCACCCACCGAAAAAAGAUGAAAGAUAUCGCAAACUCCACUACCCCUGCAAAUUAGACGGACGGGAUGUCCGACCACAAGAGUGUAUUGAUGAUGCAGACCCACGUGUGGCCUGGGAGGUUGCACAUCUACCCGGGGUGGGGGCUUAUUCUCUGGAUAGCUGGCGAAUCUUCUGCCGAGAUGAGUUGCGAGGCCUAGCCAAGGAUUGGAAAGGGUCUGGUGCAGCUACGGCCGACUUUGUUCCAGAGUGGAAAACAGUUCUGCCACAUGAUAAAGAGCUGCGGGCAUAUCUGACUUGGAUGUGGCUUAAGGAGGGUUGGGUAUGGGAUCGUCAGACGGGACAUAAAACUCGAGCCAGUGAGAAGAUGAUGCGAGCUGCACGCCGCGGCGGAGUAGCUCUUGAAGAGAAUGGGAAUUGGAUCCUGGAGACCUCGCCAGUGAAGAAAGCUGCAAAUGGUCUGACUACGUGGGAUUAG